AUGGAUCAUCUUGAAGGAAAGAUGGGGACUGACAAAAUUGGUCCAUCAUCACCCGUCCCCUCAUCCUCCACAGAGAAGCCAGAACAUAAUGAGCUGACUGUCUCUUUCCCUCCUCUAGAAGACUUAUACAGUAACACGCCAGAAAAACACUUCGGUACAGAGAACAAUACUGUGGUGACUUCACAAACAGGAUCCACAGCGCUCCUGCCUUGUGUGAUCAGGAAUAUUGGUGACGGCAUUCAUUUAGCUCGGAGUGGAGUUCUGGAGGCUUUGAUCAGGGUAGCGUCCGUGAUAGAUGGAGAACACUUAACUCAUGUAAAAAGUGCUCUCGCCAAGCUUAUUCCUUCUUAUAUUCUGGCCCUGUGUGGGGUGUCAUGGAUCAGAAGAAAAGAUUAUCACCUGCUAACAGUUGGCUUAACAACGUACAGUUCUGACCAGAGAUUUCAGGCGAUCCACUUACAGCACUCAGAGGACUGGACGUUAAAAGUGAGGUUUGUUCAGAAACGCGACGCCGGGAUCUAUGAGUGUCAAGUGUCAUCACACCCCCCCACUAGCAUCUUUCUAAGACUCGACGUCGUCGGUGAGUGGACUUGA